CCCUGCCGCCCUUCCUCCUCUCCGCCCCCGCCUCCCUCUCCCUUUCCCUGGACCUGGACUUUCCAAGAAGCGGUCCUUCCCCUCUGCUUGUUGCGUUUCCCCCUCCCCUCCCCCGGUAAUAGCCAGCCUGGUGUUGUCCCUCCUCCCCGACGCCACGGACCCCCCUUCACAAGAGCAACAUGUCCGGCUUCGACAGGGGCCGCAUCUUCACCGCCCAGAUGUCGGGCGGCACUGUCGCCAGCGAGGAUGGCGGCGCCAGCGAGGGCAUGCACCAGCAGAAGCAGCAAUCGCAGAAGUCCUUCCUGGAGCGUCAGUUCCAGAGCUUCAUCCGCGACUUCCAGCUGGACAACGAAUUCAUCUACCGUGAGCAGCUUGUGCAGAACUACAACACCCACCAGUACUUCCUGGAGGUGGACCUGGCCCAUCUGACGGCUUUCGAUGAGCUGCUCGUGCAGCAAAUCAACCGCAACCCCUCGGAGAUUUUGCCCCACUUUGAGGAUGCGGUUCGCUCGUAUGCGGCCCACCUCCAUGCCGAGGAGCAGCUCCUGGCCCCGGAGUCCGAAGAGGCCGACGGGUCUCAGCUCCGGAUGGACACGGUCCCGGAGUUCCAGAUCCUGCUGUCCUCUCCGGCCAAUGCGGUGCCCAUCCGUGAUCUGACCUCGGACCACAUUUCGCGCCUGAUCCGCGUGCCCGGCAUCAUCAUCAGCGCGUCGACCGUCAGUGCCAAGGCCACGCGCCUGCACAUUGUCUGCCGGAGUUGCGGCCACAACAUGAAGCUGCGCCUGCGGGCUGGUAUUUCCGGUGCGGCGCUGCCACGCUCCUGCCAGCGGGCGCAGGUGGACAUGCAUCAGAGCACCACCACCGAGGCCACCCGGUGCCCAAUCGAUCCGUACCUGAUCAUGCCCGACCGGUGCUCCUUCAUCGACCAGCAGACGGUCAAGCUCCAGGAGGCCCCGGAGCAAGUCCCCGUCGGUGAGCUGCCGCGCAACAUGCUGGCCACGCUGGACCGGUACUUGGCCAAUAGCACGCGCUCGGUCCCCGGCACGCGCGUGACCAUUGUCGGUGUCUAUUCCAUCUUCCAGGGCCGGGCGAGCCGCGGGUCGAGCGGCGGCGGCGCCGCCGUGCGCAGCGCCUACAUCCGUGCCAUCGGCAUCGAGGUGGAUGGGGACAGCUCGGGUCGUGCGCCCAAGCGCUCUUUCACCGAGGCCGAGGAGGCGGCCAUGCUGCGUCUGGCCCGGCAGCCGGACAUCUACGAGAAGUUUGCCCGGUCGGUGGCCCCAUCGAUCUACGGGUAUGAUGACAUCAAGCGGGCGGCCACGUGCCUGCUGUUCGGCGGGUCGCGCAAGCAAUUGGCCGAUGGCAUGCGCCUGCGUGGCGAUGUCAAUGUCCUGCUCCUGGGUGACCCGGGCACGGCCAAGUCCCAGCUGCUGAAGUUCAUCGAGCGGGUGGCCCCCAUCGGCGUGUACACCAGCGGCAAGGGGUCCAGUGCGGCGGGCUUGACGGCGUCCGUCGUGCGGGAUGCCGCUUCGCGGGAGUUCUACCUCGAGGGCGGGGCCAUGGUUCUGGCUGAUGGUGGUGUGGUGUGCAUCGAUGAGUUUGACAAGAUGCGCGAGGAGGACCGCGUGGCCAUCCACGAGGCCAUGGAGCAGCAAACCAUCUCCAUUGCCAAGGCCGGCAUCACCACCGUGCUCAACUCCCGGACGUCGGUCAUGGCUGCGGCCAACCCGGUGUUCGGCCGGUAUGAUGACAUGAAGUCCCCCGGCGAGAACGUGGACUUCCAGUCGACCAUUCUCUCGCGUUUCGAUCUGAUCUUCAUCGUCAAGGACGAGCACAGCCACGACAAGGACAUGAGCCUGGCUCGCCAUGUGAUUCGAGUGCACUCCGGCGGCAGCAGCGCCAGUCUCUCGGCCUCCGAGCAGGCGGCCGGCGAGUUGGACAUGUCCACCAUGAAGACCUUCAUCUCUUAUGUUCGGUCGCGCUGUGCCCCCCGCCUCUCGCCGGAGGCGGCUGACAAGCUGGCCAACCACUUUGUGUCCAUUCGCUCGGCGGUCCGCGCGCACGAGGCCGACUCGCACACUCGCUCCACCAUUCCGAUCACCAUUCGCCAGCUGGAGGCCAUCAUCCGCAUUUCGGAGAGCCUGGCCAAGAUCCGCCUGGCUCCGUUUGCCGGGCCGGAGCAUGUCGAGGAGGCGCUCCGCCUCUUCCAGGUGUCCACCCUGAGUGCGGUCCAAAGUGGCCAGAUGAUUGACGGCGUCAUGCGGGACAAUGUCCUGGAGGAGGUCGAGCGCGUGGAGCGGGAGAUCCGCCGCCGGGUGCCGGUCGGCUCGCGCAUCCCCUCGCAGCUUCUGAGCAACGACCUGAUCGGCCGGCGGAACUUCUCCAAGACCGCCGUCGAGAAGGCCCUGCAGGUGAUGCUCCGCCGGCAGGAGCUUCGCCACAUCAACCAGCGCCGCGUGGUGGAGCGGAUGUUCUGAGGGCCAUUUGCUUGUCGGCUGUGUUCGCCCGCCCCCCUGCGGCCUCGGUGGCCUCCUGGCCUCGUUCCCCUCGGCUCCCUCUCUCCCGGUGUCCCGUCCUUGUGUUUAUGCUCGGCUCUUUUUGCCAGUCCCAUCUCCCCCCUCCCUCGCUCCGGCGCCUUCAUUCAGACAUACACACAUGUCUUCAUGCGUGCAUGAAUAUAUCUGCCCUCUUCAA